UUUAGCCAAACCAAUUAAAUAGAUCUCCAGAUCCACUAUCUUCGAAUGCACUGAUAUUAUACAUCACUUGCAACUAAAUUUGCUAAAUAUUCAUAAAAAUUUAUGAUCUUGGUAGUACUAUACUGGAAUUGAGACUAAAUAAUCAGAUUCAGAUUACUCUCCAAUUCUGCUACCGUGGCCAGGAGCAACCUAUGUUUGUCACCGCUUCUCAAUGAAGUAAAAACAAGACACGAACUCUGGUCUGCAUCACAUCUCCAGCUAGGCUAGUGAUCAGUGAUAGUUGAAAAAAGCCAUGGCUGGUAAGCAAGACGUUGAGAGAGGCGGAGAAGAGAGUAGAGCUCCACUUCUCACAGCAGCAAAUGAGGGGCAGCCCUCCAAAAAGAGCAGCAAUGAGGAUAGAUUCAUGGUCUAUCUCAGCACAUUUGUUGCAGUUUCUGGCUCUUACGCCUUCGGAUCUUGUAUAGGGUAUUCGUCACCCACACAAUUUGCUAUCAGAAGAGAUAUCAACUUGUCCUUAGCUGAGUACUCAUUGUUUGGCUCCAUCUUGAAUUUUGGAGCAAUUAUUGGUGCAAUCACAUGCGGCCAAAUGGCAGAUAAAGUAGGCCGUAAAGGGGCAAUGAUAGUAUCAAGUGGAUUCUGUACGAUGGGGUGGCUAUCGAUUUACAUUGCCGAGGAUGCCCUGCUUCUAGACAUUGGAAGAUUGGCAACUGGAUAUGGGAUGGGAGUCUUUUCUUAUGUGGUUCCAGUCUUCAUAUCCGAGAUCGCCCCCAAGGAUUUGAGAGGAGCUUUGACAACACUACACCAGCUUAUGAUUGUUACUGGGGUGUCUGUAUCCUUCAUCGUAGGCACGCUUGUAACAUGGAGGGAUUUAGCAUUAGUGGGCAUAGUUCCUUGUGCUGCUCUUCUUGUAGGUCUCAGCGUCAUCCCUGAGUCCCCAAGAUGGCUGGCAAGACAAGGAAAACAAAGGGAGUUUGAGGCGUCUUUACGUAGACUUAGGGGAAAGAAUGCUGAUGUAUCAGAAGAAGCAGCCGAAAUUCAGGACAAUAUAGAAACACUGGAGAGGCUUCCAAAAGCCAGACUGCUAGAUUUGUUUCAAAGGCGAUAUCAGAGUUCACUCAUGAUAGCAGUAGGGCUAAUGGUGUUCCAACAGCUUGGAGGAAUCAAUGGGGUCAGUUUCUACACCAGCAGUAUCUUUGAGGCCGCGGGAUUCCCGUCUGAUGUUGGAACCAUGAUCUACGCGGUUCUUCAGGUGAUAAUCACCGCGGUAGCUGCUACGUUUAUGGAUAAAGCAGGAAGAAAACCUCUUCUAGUGAUUUCUGGUUCAGGACUUAUCCUAGGUAGUCUGUUGAUAGGAAGCUCAUUCUAUGUGAAGGAGCAUGGACUAGCAUCUGAUGCAGCUCCAGCACUAGCUUUGAGUGGUGUCAUGGUGUACAUAGGGUCUUUCUCAGUUGGAAUGGGAGCAAUUCCAUGGGUGGUGAUGUCUGAGAUAUUCCCACUAAACAUCAAAGGAGCUGCAGGAAGCUUUGCCACACUAGUGAACUGGUCUGGUUCAUGGGCUUGUUCCUACACUUUCAAUUUCCUCAUGAGCUGGAGUACUUAUGGAUCAUUCAUGCUUUUUGCUGCAGUGAAUGCACUUGCAGUUGUGUUUGUGAUCAAGGUAGUGCCUGAAACCAAAGGGAGAACCCUGGAGCAGAUACAAGCAGAAAUAAGCUCUACAUAGAACAAUCUAGAAACUUCAUCUUCCAUCUUAAGACUUCUUGCAACCUCUGGAAGUUGAUAGUGUUGCUGCAGAAACCAUGAAUGGUUUAAUAAGCUGCAAAGUUUAGUUUUGUUUCUGUUGUAUGUAAAAGGAACAAUCCUGCAAAAAAAAAAAAAAUUGUGAUAUUAUUAUAUAUAAUCUUUUAUCUUUCUUAUAUAUAUACACUAAUAAAUACAGAAUACUUUAGAAGG